GACAAAUGCGUCUGUCACUCUGUCUCAUUUCACAACUCACAAGCAGAGUGAGAAAGCCUUUGACUGAUAAAUACGAGUUAUCAAUAUCCGUCAUCAAUUAACGAAACAAGGGAAAUGAAUUCCGAGAGACAAGAUGAAGAUGUUGUUCGUAUUGUGAAUUGUAUAAACAGCUGUUGGCCUGAAUAUUCUUUUACGGCCUUGGACGUACGUAGACCUUGUGGUGAAAAAUUCCGAGAUGUGUUGAGCAAAUUCCUUAAAGGAUUCCUUAGUUGCAAUUACCAGCUACCCUCGAUGAAUUUGAGUGAGUUUUCAAGAAACCCAGAGAUGUUCAUACAUUUGGAAGGCCCAUUGGCUCUUUAUCGAGAAAUCAAUUGCAUUCUCAAGAGAUUAGGAUACAGCAACUUUAAAUACAUAGACAUACUCAAACCAAGUAAAUUCACAUUGAUUUCUAUCGAGUUGCCUUGUGGUUGUUUAUUUGUUUUACCCAAUUCUCUGUUUCUAGCAUCAAACAUGAUGAGGGAAGUAUUGUUGGGCUUAGUAAACUUCCUCGCAUACUUUGAGGCUGAAGAAAAUAACAAAGAAGACAUAGAAGCUGAAAUCCAAUGCCUCAAAAAUAAAACAUUGCAGAAUGAAAAACUUUUGGUUGACAAGGAGCGUCAUUUGGACAAAUGCAAACAGGGUGAAGAAGAAAAGAAGAUUAUGGUUGCUGAAUUUCGAAAGCUCGUCGUUAAUCGGAAGGAAAAAUAUUUAAAAAUCGAGGCCAUUGUUAAAAAGGAGGAAGUGGAAAUGGAUGAAAUCACAAAGAGAAUUCGAAGUACCCAUGCAAAACUGGAGCAAGAAACCAACACUCUAAAACAGAUUGAAAUCGAGAAAGAGCGGGCCGAAGAAGAAGUUGUUCUUGAUCCAGAAGGCUUGGAAGCCGAAUUUGAAAAAAGCAAGGCUGACAAAGAAAACAUCGAGUCGGAUUUUACAUGUCUUAAAAGCCGAUUACCGGUUCUUGAACAGCAGAUACAGGAUCGCACCAUGCAACUUCAUGAGCAUCAAGAAACACACCAACGUAUAGUUCAAGUCAAAGCCAGGGAAUCCAAAAUAAAACAAGAGUGGCAGAAAGCCGAUGCUGAUAAUCGACGGGUGGAAGAAGAGAAUCAAAUCCUGGAAACUCAAUUCAAGAAAGAUAAAAGUAUAAUUGAAAGCAAGAAAAGGAUGUUGGAUGAAAUGGAACAGAAGAUGGAACAGCUUAGUGGCCUGCUUGAAAAAACGCGCUUGGAAAUGAAAAAAUGCACGAGCGAAGACGAGAGCCGCAAAACGCAGCAGCAAGCGAGAGUGUUAGCUAUGGAGAAUGCGGUUUCGCAGCUGAAACAAGACUUGAAGUUAGGCCAGAAAGUCCUUGAAGAAGGAGCUGUUACAUUUGAAGACAUUCAUCGCAAGCAUCAGCAAAACGUCGAAGAAAUUAAUUUCAAGUACGUUCAGCGAUUCGAAGAAAUUGAAAAAUUCGUUAUAGGAAUGUGCCCACAGUUCUAGUGUAACUUAACUUAAGAGCAAACACUGUAAUCAUCUCAACUUGUACCUCGUUCAACGUUUGGUUCUUUAUUGAAAUCACAAUUACAUUUAUCAACCGAG